AUGAGUGCUUCGACGGAGUAUUGUGACUUUUGGAACAACGUCACGGCAAAUAAUGGUGGCGCAUACACAUCCUAUAAUAUGCAAAAAUCGGGUGGUUUCUUAAACGAGGCGCAGAACCAUUACCAGGGACAUUUUGGCGACAUGAGCAGACAUACCCACUAUUCACCUUACCCUUUCAUUCAUCAGCCGCAACAAUAUCCAGCAAUCAAAGAGGAACCAACGUACAGUACAUGCCGCUUCAACAACGCAACAACAAAUCAGCCCAAUUCAAGUUUGGAUAACUCCACGGACAAUUCCAUCGGAUCGCCGAUUAAUCAUCAUUUUCCACCAAGUUUAAACACGUUUGACAGUUGCAGACAGACGUACGAUCCGUUAAGCCAGAGAAGAGGAUCUAAUGAGGCCGCGUCGCCUAAUAAAGCCACUGAAGAAGCUAUAAUUAAGCCCGCGGACGACUCGCCAGCCCUUAGAGCCUUAUUAUCAAAACCGAGCACCGAAAAGAUUGCGUAUAGUUACAAUAAUUUGCGAAAGGGCUCGGCUUCUUGCGACGCGACCUAUUCGAAAAAAGAGUUCGAUAAUUGCGAGAGUAGCGAUAAGAAUUUUGAGGGCAAUUUGAUGGAAAAUGGCUGCGGUGGCGGCAGCGGAGAUAUCGUUGACUUUCAGAAGAAAGUGUACCCUUGGAUGAAGACGGGCCAUGAAUCGAGCGGACAAGGCAGCAAACGCACCCGACAAACUUACACCCGUUAUCAAACGCUGGAACUUGAAAAGGAAUUCCACUCUAGCAAGUAUCUGACGAGACGGCGACGCAUUGAGAUUGCACAUUCGCUUUGCCUCACCGAGAGGCAGAUUAAGAUAUGGUUCCAGAACAGGAGGAUGAAGGCUAAGAAAGACACGAAAUUCGGCCUAAACUACGACUUUGCCCCGUCCGAAGACAUAAACAUGAACCAAAAUCAGGCAUUUUCCAGCUCGCAGAGCUUUAAAAACUACUACCUAAAUGCAGCGAACGAUGCAGUCCAGGAGACAUCGAUAGUCGAUGCGACGAGGAACCUCGGCAAUCUAUACGACAGGGAUUUACCCCGACCUUUGACGCAAAUUAAAAAUAUCCCGGGACCUACGUUGUCACCCUAA